GAGCCCAAAGUCUGUCGGUGUGAGUCGGCCAGAGACAGCAGACAGUAGAAGCACAAAGGCCCAGACCUUUACAACAGCUAAAUAACUACAGGUUUGGGCUAUACAACAACCUCCAAAAAUGGCAGAGCAGUGGGGAGAUGCAAUCUUCGCAGCCAGGCGAAGGGGAGAUGAAACGACGAGGGAAGCGAUGUUUGUAUAUACCAACAGCAAUAACACCAAGGAUCCCUUUGAGGGACCCAACUACCACAUUGCCCCUCGAUGGGUGUACAACUUAGCAACAGUAUGGAUGUUCUUUGUGGUCGUUGCCUCGACCUUCACCAAUGGCCUGGUGUUGGUGGCCACAGCCAAAUUUAAGAAGCUCCGUCACCCUCUUAACUGGAUCCUGGUCAACCUUGCUUUAGCUGAUCUAGGAGAGACUCUUUUGGCCAGCACCAUCAGUGUCAUCAACCAGGUUUUUGGCUACUUUAUCCUCGGACAUCCCAUGUGUAUUUUUGAGGGAUACACCGUGUCUGUAUGUGGUAUCGCUGGUCUGUGGUCUUUGACUGUCAUCUCUUGGGAAAGAUGGGUGGUUGUCUGCAAACCAUUUGGAAAUGUCAAGUUUGAUGCUAAAUGGGCAUCUGCUGGUAUCAUCUUCUCCUGGGUUUGGCCUAUUUUCUGGUGUGCACCUCCCAUCUUUGGCUGGAGCAGAUACUGGCCUCACGGUUUGAAGACCUCCUGCGGCCCUGAUGUCUUCAGUGGAAGCGAGGACCCCGGUGUCCAGUCCUACAUGAUUAUCCUGAUGAUCACCUGCUGUAUCAUCCCUUUGGCCAUUAUCAUUCUCUGCUAUAUUGCUGUGUGGCUGGCCAUUCGUGCUGUCGCCCAGCAGCAGAAGGAUUCUGAGUCCACACAGAAAGCAGAGAAGGAAGUGUCCAGAAUGGUGGUUGUCAUGAUCCUGGCCUACUGUGUUUGCUGGGGACCUUACACGUUCUUCGCCUGCUUUGCAGCUGCAAACCCAGGCUAUGCCUUCCACCCACUGGCAGCAGCCAUGCCUGCCUACUUUGCCAAGAGCGCCACCAUCUACAACCCCAUCAUUUAUGUCUUCAUGAACCGACAAUUCCGUGUAUGCAUAAUGCAGCUCUUUGGCAAGAAGGUGGAUGAUGGCUCUGAGGUGUCCACAUCCAAGACAGAAGUGUCCUCUGUGGCUCCUGCAUAAAUUGCACACCAGAUCUCAGAGCAAACGUCUUGAGUCAGACAUGGGGAAAAAAGAUGAAAAUGGGACUUUUUAUAUUCCUUGUUUAGCCUCACCGUAUCUUGACGAUUCUGCUUCCAGAUAUUUCCCUUGGAGUGAUGGGGAAUAUCUUGUUGCAUGACAGUGUGUGUUAACAUUACUUUCUCAAUGGCCCUGUGACUUAGGAUCCACAGGAAUGAUGUUACAGUUUUUAUGGUAAGCAUUUGUCACACUAUUAUUUGUCCACUGGCUAUUCAGAAGGUUGUGCGCCUAUAUAUAGCACCUCUUUGUGGGAAAGUGACACUCAGUGUGGAUUAACUAACAGUGAAAAGUAAUCGCCUCAUUCUAAUGUAUAAUUCUGCUGGACUGAUGUUCAGUGGCAAUGUAAUAACGUCUCUUUAAGUUUAAU